AUGGAAGGGAUUGGACUCCGAAGUUGCGGAGAGGGUAUUCUCCGUCUCGGAUUUAUGGUACGCCGUGGCGUCGGUGGCCGGAAUCCGAUUCUCAGACGAGCUAUGGUGAUAAAGAUGAGGGACCGUAGCAAGAACAGGAAACCAUUGCAGAGAGGUCGGAUGCUCAGCAUAGAAGCGAUUCAAGCGGUUCAAGCUCUGAAGCGAGCCAAUCCUCUACUUCCUCCUCCUCCUUCUUCUUCUUCCACGUCUUCGUCUUCCACACCGAUGCUUGAUCGCGUAAUCAGUUCCAAAUUCCGCCGGCUUUUGAAAUUCGAUAUGGUCGCCGUUCUCAGGGAACUCCUUCGCCAGAACGAGUGCUCUCUAUCUCUCAAGGUGUUUGAAGAGAUUCGAAAGGAGUAUUGGUACAAGCCUCAGGUGAGAUUGUACGCAGAUAUGAUCACGGUAAUGGCGGAGAACAGUUUGUUGGAAGAGGUCAAUUAUCUCUACUCAGCUAUGAAGUCAGAAGUGGGAUUAAUAGCUGACAUUGAAGGCUUCAACACUCUGUUGGUGAUUCUUCUGAACCAUAAGCUGUUUGAUCUUGUCAUGGACUGCUAUGCCUUUAUGCAGUCAAUUGGGUACGAGCCUGAUAGGUCUUCUUUUAGAAUUCUAGUCCAAGGUCUUGAAUCCAAUGGGGAAAUGGGUUUAUCGGCUAUUGUUAGGCAAGAUGCUCAUGAGUAUUAUGGUGAAUCGUUAGACUUCGACGAAGAAAAUGAAGAGAUCUCUAGUGGGAUUGCGAAGGGAGAGGCACCUCCAGGUCUUCCUCUCAAAGGGGCUGGUCAGGAUUCAUCAGAUGCACAGCCAAUGGCCAAUGGUGGAAUUCUGAAAGCAGGCGAUGCCUUAUCUGGUGAACUUUGGGAGAACAAGCGAUUGAGAAUUCGUAAAGAUUCAAUAUAUGGCAACCGACCGGGUUGGGACUUGCGUUCUAGGAAUUUUGUUGAGAGCAUGGCUGGAUAUUCUUUGGUAUGUUACCUUCUGCAGAUAAAAGACCGUCAUAAUGGAAACCUUCUGAUGGAUGAAGACGGUCACAUUAUACACAUUGAUUUCGGCUUUAUGCUUUCGAAUUCUCCGGGUGGCGUGAACUUUGAAAGUGCCCCCUUUAAGUUAACCCGCGAACUUCUCGAGGUCAUGGAUUCUGAUGCCGAGGGGGUUCCAAGCGAGUUCUUUGACUAUUUCAAGGUGCUCUGCAUUCAGGGAUUCCUAACAUGUAGAAAGCAUGCAGAAAGGAUUAUUCUUUUAGUCGAAAUGUUACAGGAUUCGGGGUUUCCUUGCUUCAAAGGUGGUCCACGCACCAUUCAGAAUCUAAGAAAACGGUUCCAUCUAAGUUUAACAGAAGAGGGGGAGGUUGUGGUGCUUUCAGAUAAUCCUGUUCAGGCACUGGACUUGACUUGCUCUCCUCGUAUAGUUCUCUCUUCUCUUCUCUCUUCUUCCUCGCUUCUCUGCAAUUUUCUGUCUGAUUUGAUUAAAAGGUGUUCGAUUGUGCUCGUCCUGUUACUGUGA